GGUUGUUGUUUUUAUUAUUAUUAUUAUUACUAUUACCAAUAUUUUCCAUUUAAAGACACGACGGCGUGGUGAACGGAUAACGUCACAGCGGGAGCGUCUCCGUCCUCCGCCCACUUAAAUCCACCUGUUGCGCCACUUGGAGCGGAGCGGCACCGAGGAGCGCAACCAUGGGAGGCUUCUAUUCGACUGAAAAGAUGGCCAACGUUUUCGCCUACGAGAGCUCAGAGCUUGACUGGUGUGAAGACAACUAUAGAUACUCGGAACAUGUCGUGGAGUAUUUCAACACGGUCAGCAGCUUUUUUUUCUUCAUCAUUUCACCCAUCAUGCUCUACCUGCUGCAUCCCUACGCCAAAACGAAGAGCCUGGCCAUCCACAUGGUCUGGAUCAUGAUGAUCUUUGUAGGACUUUUCUCGGCGUACUUCCACAUGACCCUCAGCUUUGUCGGCCAAAUGUUGGAUGAGCUCUCCAUCUUGUGGGUGCUAGCUGUGGGAUAUGCAGUUUGGUUUCCUCGUAAACUGUUUCCCUCUUUCAUCAAAGACAGGUCUACAUUUUCCCGACUCGUCCUUCUGAUCACCGUCCUCACCACUAUAUCAUCGUUUGUCAAACCCACAGCAAACGCCUACGCCUUGAACUGUUUUGGUGUCCACCUUUUGUACACCUUAGCUGUGGAGAUGAGAUGCUGCACUGACCAGAAGGCUCUGCGUCUCGCCAAGCUGUCGGUGGCUCUGUGGGUGCUCGCCAUCUCCUGCUGGAUUAGUGACCGUUUAUGCUGCAGCUUCUGGCAGAGAUUAAACUUCUGCUACCUUCACGGGAUCUGGCACAUUCUCAUUGUGAUGGCCGUAGCCUAUGCCAACACGCUGAUAGCUUACCUGGAUGCCAUUAAUGAAAUACCCUAUUUGCUGCAUGGACUGGAGUACUGGCCAUGUGAUAAAUGGGCCAUUGGACUCCCCCACAUUGUCCUCUCCAGCUCUCCGAAGACUCAGAAACAGUGCUGAUGAAUCAUCAACCUUGGCAUUUCAUUUGUUAUCAAACGUUCACGACAACUGAAAGCUUGUGAACGGCCUUAUAUCUGAGUCCUAGUGAUAAAUAUCAUAGUUUAGACUGAAUUUAUCAUUUAAAUCUAUAUCUAAAGCCACAAAAACAAUCAAGUCAAAGAUGUAAUUGACAUAAUCAAGGUAACUGCUUUAGUCAGAGUAUUUGUGUAACCAUCAAAAUGUAAUUUUCAAGGACUUUUUAAAGACAAAAUUGGCCUCAAAGUGGUGUGCAGCGAAUACUUAAUUUAAGGCUAUGCAAAGUGAGGCUAAUCUCAGACUGUAUCUCUACUUUACUACAAUCUCACUCUUUUGUAAACUCUUUUUUCACACUCUUUAGACUGCCCUCUCUUUAUACUCAGGAAGUGGGAAUUUAACCUUAAAUAAAUUCAAGCUGCUCCAAUUUCAAUGUCCAAGAUGGCUGCCGCCCAUGUAAAACAGUGAAAGUUGCAGAUGAGAUGUGAGCUUUUCCUUAACACUGCUGACAGUUCAUAUCACAUUAAAUCAGGGGCUUACAUAGUAUUGCACAACUUCUGUUUGUAAAGAUGAUUCCUUUAGUGUGUUUGAAUGCAUAAAAUGGAGAGAAAUAUUGACUUGUCUUGCAGCUAGU